AUGGAACGAAAUGAGGUUUCUUCACUCGAACAUAAUCAUCCGUUGUUUCUUCAAGUAGCAGAUGCACCAGGACUAGUUCUAGUCCCAAUCAAACUCACAGGGCCGGAGAAUUACGCCUUGUGGAGUAGGGCGAUGAAGAGGGGAGCUAGCAGAACAAUGGGAGAAAUGCAACGCGAUUGUACUCUCAUGGAUUGCUUAAAAAAAGGUACAGAUUCUGUGACUACUUACUACUCGAAGAUGAAUGAUCUAUGGAGUGAACUAGAUGUGUUAGUUCCUUUGUCUUCAUGUGAUUGUGAGGAAGCUAGGCCAUCCAUAGAACAUCUUGCUAAUCAGAGGUUAUUACAAUUUUUAAUGGGAUUGAAUGAAAGCUAUAGUAAUGUGAGAAGUAAUGUGCUGCCAAGAAGACCUGUAGUAACUGUAAAUGAAGCAUAUGCUAUAGUAACACAUGAAGAAAGUCAAAGAUCUUUGGGUGUUGGUGAUGCAAAUAGAGAUCCUCUAACUAUGUUAGCAGGAAGAACUCAAGGCUUCAAGCCUAAGAAAGCAGGGCUAAUCUGUGAUCACUGUGGGUACAAAGGACACCUAAAGGAAAACUGUUAA